AUGACUCACGCCCACUCACACCCAAACGCAGAGUCCCAGUGGCUCGCGCAUUCGCUGUCUUUGCUUCUCGCUGCCCCUCAUAUUACCUUACCAGACGAGGGCUCUGAGGAGGCACGCCUUGGCCCGGGGCCCGUGGACGUCUUCACCAUCAGGUUCAACGAGAUGUUCAUGCCCGAGGCACGGGGCUUCGUCGGCGGACAUGCAGUCGAUCGCGAAGAGCUGAGGAAGACCCUCGUAGGCCUCCAGCGGCGAUGGAACGCCGCCGAGGGCUCGUGCGUCGGCAGCGAGGUACACCCAACACACGUCACUGAGUUCCAUCCUACGAUGGCUGCACGGAUGGAGUUCACGCCUAUGUACAUGUACCCGAGGGAGAAGGAGACCAUUAUGGCGGAAGCAAGUGGAGAGGAAGUUGGGGGGGUUGAGCGCAUUGACUGCUUGAUGCUCGAGGGUGACGAAUAUCUGUUCCGCCAGGAAGCGUAA